AUGGGCUUGGUUGACAAGAGCUGUGAUAACCGCAUUGGCCGCUUGAAUGCAGCAGGCAAGGACUACGAUGACUUGGUAAAGGCUGCUCUUGGAUCAGUCGGCCCCGAAGCCAACCUUCCCAGUAAUAAACUGCAGGAUAUUACUUUGACUGCCUAUAUGGGCGUGCAUGAUCCUCACGCAUUGGUCCAUGAGAUUCAGUGGAAGAAGCUAGACUUCUCGAACGGCAAAAAGAUCCCUUACAGCCUCUACUGCGAUGCGACAGCAUUCGAAUGGGUCACCGAGUACCAAGAGGGUCCACAGAAAGGCGAAACGCUUGACAAGAAAAAGUUCCCUAAAGGGGGUGCGUGGCAUCCAAAGGACGGCCGCCGUAACCCAGAUAUUACACCCGAGUAUAUCAGCGGUGAACCCAAGAGUGAUAUGAGGGAGGACUUUUGCAAUACUGCGAAGGGGGCUGAGGCAGCUGGCGUAUCAGUUAAACUAGGCCAAUCAGUGGUCCUGUGCCCCAGUGCAUUCGGCGACAAAGUGAGAGAAAAGAUAGACACUUCCGCAACAGAAGGAAAGCUCGACGACCAAUAUUCCACUGGUACAGUUCUGCUCCAUGAGAUGACACAUGUUGUGCUGGGCAAGAAGGAUACGGCAUAUUUACCUCUGCGGUGCAUCGCUUUGGCAUACAUCAAUGGCUAUGAAGCCCAGAACAAUGCUGACUCUUGGGUGUUCUAUGCAAUGGCCACUUUAUUGAAUAAGAGCUCUUGGGUCUUGGGAUUUGGGAAACCGAUUGAAAAGGAAACUGAGGAUUCGGAAACUAAAAAUGCGAGUCCUAAGCGUCCCAAUCCUCGCGAUGAGCCGGUGACUGCGAUGGCCUCGUCAACCAUUUCUCUCAAGGAUGGUGCCAAGUACACCGACAGAGACACGGGAACCAUCGCCCGAAGAAAUUUCAUCGAUUAUAUCCUCGGAAAUGGCACAGCAGACCCAAUCAUCUCAGACUUUAAUGGAACCGUCGUCGACCGGAGCAGCAUCAUCGAGGAGAACGGCAUCAUCGAUCGGAACAGCGUCAUCCGCCAUGGCAGUAUCAUCGACCAGCACAGCAUCGUGGACUGGAACGGAAUCAUCGACUGGGAAGACAUCGUCCGGCAGGACGGCUUCAAUAACAUCCUCGAGAGGGAACACAUCUUCAACUGGGGGAAAAGCGCCUACUGGAACGGGAUGGACUGGAAAAACAUCGUCAGCUAG